AUGGUGGAGUUGGCCGUCGCCCUGGCGCCCGCCGACCCUUCCUUCUUCCUGAGCGCACCGUCGAGCCCGAGGCCGUUCGGCGAUCCCGCCGGCUGCUACUACUACACCAGCGCGCCUGCCAGCCCUUCUCGAGCUGCGGCAAUCUACACCGACUUGUACGGUCCGGAGGAGAAGCCUGCAAGCCCGAGACCGGGCAGCGGCGACGACGAGGUACCGGAGUUCUCCUUCUGCUUUCACGGGAAGCCCGUGGAGGAGUGGCCGACGCUGCCUAUCACCGCUGCCGAUGAGCUUUUUGAGGAGGGCAUCAUUCGGACCGUGACGCCGUCGUGGGUCGAGAAUGGAGGAGGUGGUGCUCCUCAGAUCGCGGAGGAUGGCUUGAGGCGAGAGAGAGGGAGGAGGACUCUGUCUUCCUUUUCCGGCGCUUCUCCCAGAGGCCUGAGAGGGUCGACGUCCCUCUCUGCUCUAAGAGGAGGCUACGAGGGGGACCUGCCAAAGCCUCCCAGCUCCUCCCCGGCCACCUCCGCUUUGUCGAAGGGUGGCGGAAGCAAGAAGUGGAAGUUUUCCGACCUGUUCCUCUUCCGCAGCGCAUCCGAAGGGCGCGCAACGGGACGAGGAAGCAAGGACCCGCUGCGCAAGUACACCCUGCCUCCUCCCUCCUCGUGUACCAAGCGGGGGGCCAACGGCGGUGGAUCGACGAGGAGAGGAUCUGCGAGUUUGCCGUCAGCACACGAGAUAUACUACUCGGCAAACCGAGCAGCGGCGGAGGAGCAGAAGAGGAAGCAGAUGACACCUCUGGCUUACCAACGCCACGGCUUGUUCGGCUACCUCAGCGACAACCCGGCCAUCCACAGCAUCACGAAGGGGUUCGGUGGCUCCUCCUUGUUCUCUCGCAGGCAACGGUGA